AUACUAUACUUCUCAUCUCUCUGCAACCAAGAUUCAAGCGAAGCUGAAAAAUUUUGGGAACCAAAAUCUCAAUUCAUUUUCUUUUGAAAAGAUUAAGGUAGAAUAGCAGCAGAAUUGAUUGGGGCCAGAGAAAAUGUCGGACUACGAGAACGUCGUCGUUGGGAAGCUGAAGCUGAAAGGCAAACCUUUGAAUGUAAAAGCUGCCGAUGGAAUUAAUAAAAAGAAGAAAAAGAAACACAACAAGAAGAAGAACUCUUCUCAUUUCUCACAAUCCUUGACAACUCCCAUCUCAAAUGGUGAAGAAACAAUGGUGUCGAUGGAUCAAGCUGAGGAUAUGAAAAAAGACGAUCAUCUUACACCGGCAGAGAGGCGGUAUCUCCAGCAGUGGGAGAAAAUUGAUCGCCAAAGGCUUGCAAAAAUGGCCGCCAAGUCUCACCGAGUUCGGAUUCAAGAAUUCAAUCAAUACCUAGCCAAUCUGAGUGAGCAUUACGAUAUUCCUAAAGUUGGCCCUGGCUAGCGAAGCCUAUGACUCUCUCUUUUCAUUUUCAUUCCUUUCUUGUAGAAGUUGGAAAAGCAGUUUUUUUUUUUUUUUUUUUUUUUUUUUUUUUUUUUUUUCCUUCGGCUAAAGGGCUAAGUGUAUUGAAAAUUAAAAAAACAAUCUUCAAGAGUGGAGAUUUGGAAAUUUUCUGUUAUGCUUUAUUAUUUACUUUUCUUUUCAGAUGAAAAUAGAUUUAAUCAAAGUAGAAGAAGAAUAUUUUACAUAAGAGUACAUAAACGUACAUUGUCUUGAAAUGACAAAGUGAUAACUUUCUUUAAACAGAA